AUGGGCUCCGAAUGGACAUGGCCUAUUGAUGCCCUCACGGAGCAUCAGGAGCUCCUCUCAAUCUGGGUCUUUGGGCAUACCGUAUGGUCCGUCAUAUACAAUCUCUACUUUAACCCACUUAGGAAAGUGCCCGGACCUCUCCUGUGGUCUGUAUCGCCACUCCCACUCCUGUUGAUGUCAUGGUCGAGCACGCCGCACAAACAGAUCCUGGCAUUGCACAGGAGGUACGGCGACGUUGUCCGCACAAGCCCAGACUCAGUGUCAUGCCUCCACGCAACAGCAUGGAAAGAAGUGUACGGGCAUCGUAAGCCCAGUCAGCCAGAGAACCUCAAGCACCCAGGCUUCGUAGCCGAAGUCGCCUCAGGUAUCAUCGGGGCCGACACAGAAUCUCACACAUAUCAACGUCGUCUGCUAGCGCCCGCGUUCUCCGGGCAAGGCAUACAGCGCCAGGAGCGUAUCAUCCGCCACCAUGUCGACCAACUCUUCAGCUGUUUUGGAGAGCACUGCGCCGAAGGUCGAUCCCUGGAUCUGGCCAAGUGGUUCAACUUCUUCUCAUUUGAUGUCAUUGGCGAUCUCAGCUUCGGCGAGUCUUUUGCGAAUAUGGAGCGGAGGGACUUUCAUCCAUGGGUUGCGACAAUAUUGGAGUUCUUCGUUGCGCAACAUGACAUGGCACACUUCCGGCGGGCGUAUCCGUUGUUGGAGGCGAUGAUAAGCCCUUUUGUUAGAAUGUUUGCCAAGAAGAUCAUUGCGAAGCAUAAUCUGUUCAUGCGUACUCAAGUUGCGAAGCGUUUAGCUUUGGAGCCCAGCCGGCCGGACUUCAUUGAAGAGAUGAAAUCCGACAAUACUCAGGGAAAAUGCGUGAGUACAUCCACAAUGCUGUCUUGGUCCCAAUUCCGCUCACGGAUCUAA